GGCCGGCGCCGCCGGCUCAGGGGUCACAGCCCCUGGGUCUCAGGGGGUGCUAAUCGGGGACAGGCUGUACUCUGGGGUGCUCAUCACUUUGGAGAACUGCCUCCUGCCUGACGAUAAGCUGCGGUUCACGCCGUCCAUGUCGAGCGGCCUUGACACCGACACGGAGACCGACCUCCGCGUGGUAGGCUGUGAACUCAUACAGGCGGCGGGCAUCCUGCUCCGCCUGCCGCAGGUGGCCAUGGCAACCGGGCAGGUGUUGUUCCAGCGGUUCUUUUAUACCAAGUCCUUUGUGAAGCAUUCCAUGGAGCAUGUGUCAAUGGCUUGUGUUCACCUGGCAUCCAAAAUAGAAGAGGCCCCAAGACGAAUACGGGAUGUCAUCAAUGUGUUUCAUCGCCUUCGACACCUGAGAGAGAAAAAGAAGCCUGUGCCUUUACUAUUGGAUCAAGAUUAUAUUAAUCUAAAGAAUCAGAUUAUAAAGGCGGAAAGACGAGUUCUCAAAGAGCUGGGUUUCUGUGUCCACGUGAAGCAUCCUCACAAGAUAAUCGUUAUGUACCUUCAGGUGUUAGAGUGUGAGCGUAACCAACACCUGGUCCAGACUUCAUGGAAUUACAUGAAUGACAGCCUUCGCACAGAUGUUUUUGUGAGGUUCCAGCCUGAGAGUAUUGCCUGUGCCUGCAUUUAUCUUGCUGCUCGAACACUGGAGAUCCCUCUGCCCAAUCGUCCCCAUUGGUUUCUUUUGUUUGGAGCAACUGAAGAAGAAAUUCAAGAAAUCUGCUUAAAAAUCCUGCAGCUUUAUACACGAAAAAAGGUUGAUCUGACACACUUAGAAAGUGAGGUGGAAAAGAGGAAGCAUGCUAUUGAAGAAGCAAAGGCACAAGCCAGGGGCCUGCUGCCAGGGGCUGCACAGGUUCUAGACAACACGUCAGGGUUCUCACCUGCCCCCAAGCUGGUAGAAUCCCCUAAAGAAGGUAAAGGAAACAAGCCUUCCCCACUCUCUGUAAAGAAUGUCAAGAGGAAGACGGAGAGCACAAAGAAAGCAAAGGGGGACAGCCCUGUGAACGGCUUGCCAAAGGGGCGAGAGAGUCGAAGUCGGAGCAGGAGCCGAGAGCAGAGCUAUUCCAGGUCCCCAUCGCGAUCCACUUCUCCUAAGAGGAGGAAAAGUGACAGUGGCUCAACAUCUGGUGCGUCCAAGUCACAGAGCCGCUCUCGAAGCCGUAGCGACUCCCCACCAAGGCAGGCACACCGCACUGCCCCCUAUAAAGGCUCUGAGGUGAGGGGCUCCCGGAAGACCAAGGACUGUAAAUACCCUACCCAGAAACCACACAAAUCUCGGAGCCGGAGCUCAUCUCGUUCUCGAAGCCGGUCACGGGAGCGGGCAGAUAACUCUGGAAAGUACAAAAAGAAAAGUCAUUACUACAGAGAUCAGCGACGGGAGCGUUCGAGAUCCUACGAGCGCCCAAGCCAUCGCUAUGAGCGGGACCACCCUGGGCACAGCCGGCAUCGGAGGUGAGGCAGGGGUUCCAAGUGACUGGCCAGCCUCAGGCUUUACUGAAGGGCAUCUAGAGGGCUGCUCUGAGCCCUCCCUGUCAUGCACAUCUCAGUGCGGUGACCCUGUGGCAUGACUUUUUAGGAAUGGUUUUUGACUUUGGACCUUGAGAUGAAUUUGGAAAUGGAAUUGAGGGGACAGUGAAGUUCCCCCUCAGGCCAGCCUGGGGCACAGUGCAGCCUUGCAGGUGGCUUGAUGGAAAAGCAGAUGCACACCUCCCUGUUGGUAUGGCUUGGUGCUAUCGACAAGCUGUCUCCACUCCUGAACCCGAUACUCAAUUACGUUAAGCCAAGAAAGAUGAUUUAGAACCUUUGCCUAUAUUAGGUUGUACUUAUGUACAUAUUUUGCAGUGUUUCACAAUGAGAAAAUGGCCUUAAUAGCCCCUUAUUCUCUGUCCACAUUGUAAAUAAACAUGUGUUUAAUGCAAGUUAAAGCUGUAUAUGAAAACUCAGAACUUGAAUUCUGUUAGCUUAAAACUUGUGUAGAGAAUCCUGAUUUCAAAUGUGAAGGUAUUUAGGUCUGUGUUGAAAGUCGUAUAUUUUUAUCUGUGCAAUGCUGAGUGCAGGACACCAGCUCCUAAAUAGAGAAGUUUCUUAUAUAUGCAUUUUAUGGGGUUGAAUAAACACAAUUCUCUCUACUCAGGACAUUUGGAACGUUAAAGAAUUUGUAGGUUGUCAUUCUGCUUGCCUGUUCAAGUGUACAGCCUUUGCACAGCCAGCCUACCCGUUCUAGGAGUAUGUCUGAGUUGUGUCCCUGCUCCCUGCCCUCAUUAAAGUGUUGGAUUUUGUAUUGA